CCGGUCCGCAGGCAGGCUGCCUUGGUGUGGGUGGUCAUUUGCGAGAGUCACGCCCCAUCACCCUCAGCGGCCCUCCAAGCCCUCUGCACUCAUUAUCUCAGACAAUGAACUGGGUUGGUGGCUCCCGGAGCAGAAUCAUACUUAAACAGGAAAGGAGAAAGCAAAAGGAAUUCUUUGAAAAGAAAAAGCUUAGAUCAAAGAUGAAGCUCCUAGGAGUAUCAUCACCCCCUAAAAGUUCAACAGUCAGUUUAGAUCUCCUCAACCUGUAUGUUGUUAAUCAGAUAUCCACCAAGAAAGACACUGCUGAUAGAGUGAGAAAACCAGUCCAUGUGGAUCUGAACAAGGGGCUAAAAACUCCUACAAGGAGACAGAAUAUUGAACUUCCCAUGUCACCACAACGUACAUCAUCUAAAAUAGGCCUAGUUGACAUCCAGAACAGAAUACAACAACAAGUAUUAGAGAACAGAAGAAAGCAUCUCACGGACAAGAUAAAAUACCAACCUCGGUUAUCACAAGUUAUGGAAUCAACUUGCACAGACUCUAGUCUUGAACAUCUGAACAAUCUAGCAGCAGACUGUAAUUCCUAUCCAGUGUCCUCUUCAGUUUCCUGGUCUUCUAAUUACAAACAAUCUCCAGAACAAAAUUUCAGAACGAACCUAGCAUGCAGUCCUUGGGAAGUGGCCUACGAAGAGGAGAAGCAGAGCAAACAGUUUCUACCAUUUUCUCAGCCAGGAAAUAUUCUCUCGCAAGAUCCUUGGGUUUCAAAAUCCCAAAACAGGCAAUGCAUUUUCAGCAAGUCCAAUACAGCAGGACCAUUGGGAACAUUGUUUAAGAAACUGAAUAGUCCAGACUAUAUAAACUCUGUUGGUAAUACUCCAGCCUUGAUUACCGGUAAAGAUUCUGGAAGCAACAACAGAAUAAAAGAGCCAUUAUUUGGUAUUGUGAAAGAAACAGCAGCAAACGACACUCACGAUGAAAAUGGUCUAGCAUUGUCUGAAGAUGAGAGACCGCAGAUUCAUGAUAUUCCUUCCAUGGAAUAUUGUGGUCCUUUUGUUAACCAAGCCAGUAUCAGCCAGUUAUUUACAGAUCCAGAUGAUAUGAAUGAAAUAUCCAACAGAUGUAGUCCUUAUAAUAGAGAAACUUAUAACAUGACUAAAUGUACUGAAAGGUAUACUGCAGACAGAUGCCUUAAAGGGAUUUUCACUGUUCCAGAGCAGACUUUCUUUAAAAGUAAGAAUAUUUCAAAUGCAAGCCAUAAAGAAAAUAAACAGCCUAAUAAAAGCCACUUGAAAUACCCUGAUGGACAUUAUUACAUUAUAUCUUCUGAAAACCAAGAAAAUCCUUCAAAAUAUGAAAGAACAGGAGCAUUUACAAGUCACCAUAAUCACAAGAUUAACUUAGAGGAAAAAAUGCAGAAUUAUUCAACAAUGAAUAAUGCUCCUCUGGAACAAUUCACUUGUGAGUGCUCACAAGUCUUUGGAUUUGAAAAGGUUCUGACAGCAGAGGUGGAACAGUGUGAUUUUGAAGUGAGUUCAAAGCUUGGAAAGAUGGAAAAAGACACUGAAUCAUCACUGAGCAGUCAGUCCCCCAGUUACUCUCCAAAGCAAACAGACAGUUGUUUCUGCACUAGUUCCGAGAUGUCUGAAGAGGAUGACCUAGCUGAAAAGUGUCUUUCUGACAGCUCCUUUCAAGUAAACGGUGCCAAUCCAAUUGCAGCUUCAACAAGCAAAGGACCACAACAUACCUUUGGCACAGAAAGUUUGCUUUUCCCUCCCGGCACUAGUGUUGCUAUGAAAGAAGCCAACACUCCUCGACGGAAAGAGCCCAGUUUACAAGCAACAGAGGAGGAAAAUAAAGACCAGGCUGUUCAACCUCAGCCCAACUCAUCACACAUUUCAUUUAAAAGGGAGAAUAUUAAUCACAGAGAAAGAUGUGAUGCUUGGUCACAAACUGAGAGCCCUAGUGUAAGGGUAGAAAAAAUAAAUGCUGCCAUACAAUGUGAUAUAAUACAGGCAUGUUGCUGUAUAAAUCAUCUUUCCUCUGUCCACAGCGCUGAACUACUAACUAAUGUUAGUAAAGCAGAUACCACUGGAGGGCAGGAAAUUACAGCAGAUGAGGCAUUUCAGUCUUCAAGUACAGACAAUGCAACAAUUAUUGCAGAAUUUCCUCCUGCAACCGAGUAUCUGACUUUGCCUGACAAGAUGACUGUAGAUGUACUGAACUACAUUAACAUAAUGAAAAAGAGAGAAGAGAACAACUGAGUACAAAGGAGAACCUAUUAAAUAUAUUGUGGGUACAUCAAAAAGCCCUGUACUCUUAGGGGAUUUUGUUCAUUCCACAGUACAUUAUUUCCUUUUAUUUGGUACAUUUGGUUUUAGCUGUUGGACAAGAUAUUCUUUUACAAAUUAUUAUUAAUGUGUUCUCAAUAUUUUAUAGUAGCUUAGUGAAAAUAGCCCUUAUUCAUUAGAUACAUUUCCAUAAUACAGUUAUAAUGUUUGUAGUUUGGGAUGGAUCCUGUUCUUAUUGAAAAUGUAAAUACUCCAAUUGACUUCCAAGGGCAUUGGAUAGGGCACUUGGUGCACAAAAAUAUGCACACGGUUAUACACACACACAUGUAUCCAAUUUUUAUGAUUUUUAGUAAAAAAACAAAACAGCAAAUUCACAUCUAUGCAAACAGAAUAAACUGAAAUUACUACAAUAUAUUAAAAUGAGCAGUAAUGUUAGGUUUAUGCUCUGACUGCAAAUACAGACUCAUCUUUUUGUAGUUUGCCUGCCGAUUAAAAUGCUGAGUUCUAACCUUUUCUUAUUUAGUUCAGUAUUUGUGUUA